AUGAAUUUGAAAGCAUGGCAAUCACUAGUUUUUCAAGAAAACCAACAACUUAAUUGCAUGAUCGAGGAUAUACUCAUCAACUCAUCCAAUAUGUUCAUAGGAGAUCAACCUCUAAGAGCAAGAAAAAUAUAUCAUGACAAGCAAUGCGAGAUAGGUGAAGCGCGUUUGAUGGAAGACUACUUUGUGGAUAAUUCGACAUAUGAUGAUGCUAUCUACCGGAGAAGAUAUCAAAUGAGAAGAUCUUUAUUCCGUUGUAUAGUAGAUGUUGUGAUUGCUAAUAACGAUUAUUUUCAACAAAGACCUGAUGCCAUAGGUAGUCAAAGUCUUUCACCAUUGCAAAAAUGUACUGGAGUCAUGAGGGUGUUGGCGUAUGGGACAUCAAUCGACGCAAUUGACGAAUAUUUGAGAAUGAGUGGUUACACAACAAGGGAUGCUCUCAUGAAUUUAGUAGAUGGUGUCAUCUUAUGUUUUGGUCAAGCACCACAAGUUAGUUAUAUCGUGAAUGGUCGUGAAAACAACAGGGCAUAUUAUCUCACAUAUUACAUAUAUCCUUCAUGGACUACAUUUUUCAAGUUAAUUACAUUUCCCACUAAGAAGAUAUACAAGUUGUUCGCUCAAUGUCAAGAGUCUUGCAGAAAAGAUGUUGAACGAGCAUUUGGAGUUCUACAAGAUCGUUUUGCAUUUAUUCGACACCCAUGUCCUGUUUGGGAUAAAGAUAAUAUUGGACGAAUUAUGAUUGCUUGUAUCAUCCUACAUAAUAUGAUAGUUAAAAACGAACUAGACGCAUACCUCCAUUAUUAUAAUCCCACUGAAUUUCUUAACAAUAUGCCCACAAAUCGACAACCCGAAAGUUAUACAGAAGAUGAUGGUCAACCGUCUACAUUCUCUACUGAAUUUGAAUUGGAAAUCUAG